GGACAAGUCCACCCCAACAAAAAGUUGAAUUGAAAAAAAGGAGAAAAGUCCAACAAGCAAAACACUGAAAAUUUCCUCAAAAUCGGUUGUAAAAUAAGAAAGUUAUGACAUUUUAAAGUUUCGCUUAAUUUCACAAAACAGUUAUAUGCACAUCCUGGUCGGUAUGCAAAUUGGCAGACUGAUGACGUCACCCACUCACUAUUUCUUUUGUAUUUUAUUAUAUGAAAUAUGAAAUAUUGUAAAUUUCUCCUCCUUUUCAAGUGAAACAAAGUUUUAUUUCUCCCUGAACAUGUGGAAUUACCAUUAUUGUUAUAGUUUAUGGUUAAGUUAAGUUGGUCCAGAUUGUCAAAUCUGUAAAAAUUGAAAUAUUGUGUUAUUCAAACAAUAGAAAACAAAAGAAAUAGUGAGUGAUGGACAUCAUCGACUCUCUCAUUUGCUUAUCGCUGAGUUGUGCAUUUAACUGUUUUGUGAAAAAUAAGCAAAACUUAAAAAUGUCAUAACUUUCUUAUUUUACAUCCGAUUUUAAUGAAAUUUGCAGCGUUAUUUUUGUUUGAUUUUUCUCUAUCGAUUCAAAUCAAAAAUUUUCUGGGGUGGACUUGACCUUAACGGAAAUAGAUUAUAGCCUAUUGUCCUGUACCACGAGUACACAGCCUAUAUAAAUUUGAUAUUUACGGUCGGUGUGUACAAGCUUGGGUCAUGCACCGUCUGCUCGCCGUCUGCUCGUCAAGGAUAACAAUUAGCACAAUAGAGCAAUGUGUUCCCCAGUAUAUAGUUACGAAUGCUAUAGACGUAUGGCUGAAGGUCAACCAUAAUCAUCUUAUAGGCCUUCUUGUUGAUAUUGAGCCUUACCACUGAGGAAAACUAUUGAUGUUGACCGUAUUGGCUUCACGUUUGACAGAACCGUUGGAAUGUUGGAUCAUAUAAACUCAGAUGGUGUUGUCAUGAAGUUUUUGUCCGCAUUAACAGCUUCAUAGUUCAUAAGCAUCCUUUACUGUUUACUGGGUAUGAUUAAUAAGCAGUUCUAUUCACAUGCACUUUCUUUUACUGGAGUACUUUCUAUAAUUCCUCCAAAGGCCAUCGGAUGGAGCCUGUUUCGACCGUGUUCUGGAAAAGUAACUUCGCAUCUGGUGCAUCUUUGAAGUGGAUGCAUAGAUAUUCAUUCGAAGCUUGGUUCUAUUAAAUUCGGCAUAGUAGGUAUUAUUUUAAUGACUUCGAUCACAAUGGAAGAACCUAUUGAAUCGCUGCCUUCAUUCGAGAGAAACGGAACGGAUCCCCAAGGAAGGACUAGCGACACGAACGAGCAAGAGGAAGAUACUGACAGUACGGUUAAACUGGAACGUACCCUUGGAAUUUUCGACGGGGUGAUGGUGAAUGUGGGUAUCAUGAUUGGUACAGGGAUCUUCAUCUCACCAAAGGGAGUCGUUGCCGGGGUAGAGAGCGUAGGAGCCACCAUCUGUGUUUGGGUGGGUGCAGGAAUCAUUUCCCUACUCGGUGCACUAUGCUAUGCCGAGCUUGGCACCACUAUCUCUUCAUCGGGAGGGACCUACACAUACAUCAGACAUAUCUUUGGAGAUUUCGUCGGUUUUCUCAACUUCUGGGCAGACACGGUAAUCGUAACACCAUCAUCCAAUGCAGUCAUGGCCUUACUGUUUUCAAUAUACUGCCUUGAGCCAUUUUACCCAGACCCGGAUUGUCCACCACCUAAGAUAGCCAUAUCCCUAUUUGCAAUCUUGAGCAUCUUGUUAACAAUGUUUGUCAAUUGCUGGAGUGUCAAACUUACUACAUUGUUUCAAAAUGUCCUUUCUAUUUGUAAAUUAAUACCUUUGGGUAUUUUAAUGGUCAGUGGAUUGGCCAGACUUGGAAUGGGACACACUGAACACUUCAAGGAUUCAUUUGCAUCAACUGAUAUCACUGGUUUAGGAACAGCACUUUACUCAUGCUUUUUCUCAUACGCCGGUUGGAAUGCCCUUAACGUCAUCAACGAAGAACUUAAAAAUCCGUCAAGGAAUCUCCCUAUCGCCGUAGCCACAUCCAUAUUAAUAGUAGGAUUUGUUAACACUCUGACCAACGUUGCCUACUUUACUGCACUGUCCCCAACAGAACUACUAAGCUCCAAUGCCGUAGCUUUUAGCUACGCAUAUCAGGUCCUUGGAAGGUUUGCAGUUAUCAUUCCUAUCACAGUUGUCCUGUCUACAUUCGGAUGUCUUAACGGAUCCAUUCUGUCAUCAUCCAGGGAGUUCUUUGCAGGGGCUCGAACAGGACACCUCCCAACUUUCAUUUCUUACAUCAGCAUCAACCACAAAACCCCGACCCUUUGUAUCAUGAUGACGUCGACCAUUACUCUUUGUUUCUGUUUCGUAGACAAUCUUUUCACUCUAAUCAACUUCUAUGGCUUCAUCAAGUGGUCAUCCUUUGGACUGGCUGUCGCUGGUAUGCUGGUGCUCAGAUACAAAGACCCUAACAGACCAAGGCCUUUCAAAGUGAACAUUAUUAUUCCUAUAAUAUUUGUCUUAGUUUGUAUUUUUAUUGCUGUAUUUGGAUUUAUAGGGGCGCCAAUUGACACUCUGAUAGCGACUGCGAUCAUAGUUAGUGGGAUUCCUGUAUAUUUAAUACUUGUCAAACUUGACCCUAAGAUAAAAUGGAUGACGAAAGUUAAACGAAAGACAACAGUGUUCCUGCAGACAAUCUUGCUCGUUACAUCCGAAGAACAUAAAGAUACUUAAUAUAUCCCUCACUGAAAAAGAUUACGCCAAUUUUUUUCAAUUUAGAUAUGCCUUUUGCAAAACUGUAAUCUCCUUUCCCCUUCCUUAAUUGUGUUCUCUGUAAUAUUUAUCAAGAUAUUAUACUGUUAGUGUUUCAACGAGUUCUGGAUCAAGACAAAUACGUUGUUCUUGAUCCAGAAAUAAAUGCAAUUCGAUGCAUGUUUUUGUAAUUGCUACAAAAAGUUUACUUUUAAUGUUUACUUUCAAAAUAAUAAUUCAGUUAAUAAUAUUACUAAUUUCUUGUCGAUUGUAAUAACGGGUUUUCUGUAAAAUUAUACCAGAAACUUGGAUGUCCUGGUCACCUGUAAUUAAAUUUUGGUAAGUUUAUUAAAAUCAUUAUGAUAGAGAAUCAGGUAGAGAUGGUGCCUUUUUUAAUUAAAAGUAAUAAAAAUGACUUUGUCGGGAAUUAUAUAUACAGGUAUUUAAAAGAUUGAUAAUCAUAUAAUCGGACGGUAGUUGCAUUUUAUGACAGCCUAGCAUUGGUAUUACAUCAUUCAUAGAUUUGUAUUAUCAAACUCUAACACACUUGGAAAUGACAAGGGAAAAAUUAUUACUGGCAUUAUUGUGAAAGAAAAUUAUGAAAAUACAUGUUUCAUUUUUCAAUUUAAAACCUUAAUUUAUUUUCCACACAAGAACUUUUUCUCCAGAACUUAUAUCGGACAUUUUACAAUUUUGUAUAUAGUAUGUUAGGUGUAACACGAUAGUGCGAUAUAUAUCCCAAGACAAUGAUCGUGAAAGCGCACCGAUUUAAACAAGAAAGAAAGACCUAAAACUUAAAGAAGAAAUCAAUCCUAUAUAACAACACAAAUCCAAAUUAUGGGCAUGAUCACGAUUAGUUACGCAAAAGAGAGAGCCGAUAAUAGAUGAUCGUAUAUUUCUGUUAGUAUAUAGAUUUGACGAUUUUAUGACAGAGAGAAUCCCAACCCCUUUGUAAUAGAUCAUCGUAAUGAUAAUUUUACAUUUUCGAUGAGGAUUCAAUCAAAUCAAGUUUAACUUGAGAUUCACACUUAUACAUGUUAUAGUCAAUAUUAUAUCUCCUUGUUCAUGCGCAGUAAGGCUGAAAUAUCCAUGGACGAGAAAGCUAAAGAUCCGUUGUUGGUGGAAUGAAUUAUGAUAUUUCAGGUGUUAUUUACUAGUAUUUAGAAAAUACAAAAUAUAAAGUGCGUGAGUGAUGCAAUUAGUUCUCUCAUUCGCAUAUUUUGCAUUUUUUGUAUUCAUAGUUUUAGCAUCCUCCAUUCAUGCAGAAAUCCAUCAGUCAGAGCCUGAUAAUUUUGCUUUAAGCAGGAUUGUUCGUAAUGGAUACCAUGCGUGACCAUUGGGUUUCGAAAAGCACCCUAAACAAGUAUUUUCCAUGUUCUGAAAAUGCAUUUUGGCAUGUUAAAUCCUAUAUCCUUAACAAGUAUUGGAAACAAAACGGUACCCUUGACAAGUAUUCCCUGACUUGACCCCCUAAACAAGUACAAUGAUAUAUCUUAAUUGUUAUGUUACGGACGUGAUCACGGACGUCGGCUUUACCUUUACUCUCUUGGGGCAUAAAGUACAUCCUUUGUAAAGUAUUUCAGUGUUUUUAUAACCUUGCACAUUGGUCCGUAAACACGUAGUUUUCCUUGCGAAAUUUAUACCCUUUCGUCAUUAUUUUAGUGUUUUUGACACCCUUAUUACGUGACGUACGUACCGUGCCCUAUCUUGAAAAAGAGAUCCUUUUCACGUGUUGUUUUUUUCGUCACGCAUGGUAUCCAUUCGUCAAUGGAAGUGCCCCCCGUGGGGUCUGCCCUCAUUUUUCAUGCACUCCACAUAUACUUUGUUAUACACACAUAUUAUUAAAUUUUCUCCGUAUUUAUUAUUGAAAUUCUAACAAUACAUAUUAAAAAACGGUCCGAUAACAGUACAACAUUGUGUAUUAUUUUUGCGGUUUUAUGACCAGAAUUAGUCUGGCUACGAUAUUAUUAUAGACUGUACAAUCAAGAUCACAUCUUUUAUAUCUACAUUCUUUUUCAAAACCUAUGAAUAAAACAUAAACGAGCUACAUGUAUACAACGAAACGAUUGCUAAAUUUAUAUGAUCGAUGGAUUGGGAUGAUUGUGGAUUGCUGUUUUUCCUGUAUUUUAUGUACAGAGUCAUUGGAUCUAGUUAUUCAUAAUUGUAAACAUACAGUCAUAUUUACCCAUAAUUGUAAACUUCUGCUAUGUUUCCGGCUGAUUCAGAACAUGGAUACUUCUAAAAUAGUUUAAUACUACUUGAACAUCAGUCCAUUAACAUGACUGAAAUUUGUCUUGUAUAAUGAACAGAUUCUAUGAAAUCUUAAAGAUUUGUCUCCUUUUAACGAAUCUGAACUAUAUUUAUCUUAUGAAUGCAUUUGAUUUUACUGAAUGUGGUUUUGGAGGGAUACCUUCAUGACAAUUGUUAUAAAGAAUUUUGAUAUUUGAUCUUGAAUGUCUUCAUUUUAACUGGAAAAUUUAGUUUAAGUCUGUAAGGUUUAUAUUUUUGCACACUCAUUGCAGCACUUUUUCGUACAUUGAUAUCAUAUCUAACUAUGACGUGUUUUAUGUAUCAUCUACUCUGCUGAUAUUGUCACGUUUGAAGAAUCACUGUCAAGAAUUUUAGUCAAUAUUAAUCCACCUAAUAACGAAAUAUACCUGUUAGGUGAUUUUAAUAUUAAUUUACUAAAUUAUGAUAUCAAUUAUAAAACUAAUCAUAUUUGGAUACCCUGUUCAUAUGGUUUAUUUCCAAAUAUUAGUAAACCAACACUGUAACUAGACAUUCUGCAAACCAUUUCGCAUGCGUUGAUUAUGUACACAGCAUGUAUACGUCUUUUCUUUUGUUUACUCCUACACAAACGAUAUGCCUCUCGC